GCCAGGUUCUGUCAGUGGGGCAGUUGCAGCUGAAAACAAGCAAAGGGACACAGGUACCAGCAGGGCAGUAGAAGAGGAGGGACCACUGAGCUCUUGGAUGACUGUGAGCCACCAGAUCCACGAGCCUUAAUGAAGCUCCGCUCUUCAACAGCUCUUUGCUUCGAUAAACCUUCAUGAGCAGGACGUGGGCCGGUGACGGACAGCGAUGGGUUCAGCGGGUCAAACUCUGGCCUUGAUGUUGCUCCCGGUGCUUCUGCUCGGAUUAACCUGCUCCUCUCGUGGUUCCCUUGUAAAAGUCAACAGGGGUUUAAAGGUGAUGCGAGGUCAAACAACUGUCCUCAAGGAGAGUGACCUACAGUUCCACAUUCCCACUGAGGAGAAUUCAUGCAAGGUGGAAGUAGUGCUGACUGAGCCCAUAACCCAAAGAGUAGGAAAACUCCUGCCUCAGGUGUUUGACUGUCAUUUUCUGACUGAUGAGGUGAAGUAUUUUCACAAUGGCUGUCCAUUAUUACAGGAGGACACAGUCAAACUUCGUCUGUACAGAUUCACAGAGACAGAGACAUACAUGGAGGUGUUCUCUCUACAUGUGGAAAUAAUGGAUCCUGAGUGCAGCAUCAUAAAACUAGGGCCCAAAUCCCUGGAGGUCCCUGAGUUCUAUGGCCUCUCCGAUGCUGUUGAUGGGAAUGUGGUGUCCUUCCACUAUGAGAGGAGAUCUAACCUGGAGUGUAGCAUCCACAUCAGCAUCCAUGACACCCACCUGCCUGCCCACGGCCAACUCGUCACAGGAGAGCCAGAGAAAGCCACAACAAGAGGGGAUGAGCCAGAGAGCUUCAUUCACCUGCGUCAGCAGCUGGAUAAUAAAGCUAGAGCCACUUGUAAAUCUGAAAGCUGUCUGAAGGGUCUGAAGCUGGCACAGUUCACCAAAGUUUCCUGCCAUGACUUCCUGGAGAUGGGACUGAAGUAUCAGCACACAGACCCUCCAUCUCCAGAUGUUGACUAUAUUGCAAUCAGACUGGACCUGAAGGACACCAGGAGUGGCAGCAUCUAUAAGUCUGAGCAGGCUUGGAUCCCUGUGCGGAUUGUUGGCGCCAUGCCCAACCAGCAUCCCAAACCAUCCUUCAUGUCCAUGUACAUCCUGGAAGUAGACCAGUUCAUCCUCACGCCGCUCUCCACAGCUACUGUGAACGCUGAAGAUGAGGAAACUCCUCAGCAGCUGUUAGUCUUCAACAUCACCAAAGCCCCAGAGGAAGGCUUCAUCACUCACCUGUCAGACCACACCCGUGCAGUUUCCUCUUUCACCUGGCUUGAUCUCAAUGACAUGCUUGUAGGGUAUCAGCCUCCAAAUUCCUCACAUCCUCAGCGUAGGAAUUAUGAGGUCGAAGUUGAAGUCUACGAUUUUUACUUUGAGAAGAGCCAGUCAAUGACCAUUCACGUCUCUGUGAGGAACGCAGACACAAACGCACCCAGAGUUUCCUGGAACAUGGGUCUCAGCCUGUUGGAGGGUCAAUCUCGUCCAAUAAUUUGGGAUCAGCUGCAGAUUGUGGAUAACGACGAUCUGAACGCUGUUCGAAUCAUCACAGUGGACGGUUUGCAGCACGGCCGCCUGACUGUAAGAGGUGGAAAGAGCUUCAUGUUCACUGUCAGUGACAUUAAAUCUGGGGUUGUUCACUAUCACCAUGAUGACAGUGACUCCAGUAAGGACUUCAUCAUCUUCCGCAUCACCGACGGUCAUCAUCAGACCCGACACAAGUUCCCCAUCAAGAUCCUGCCCAAAGACGACAGCCCUCCUUUCCUCAUAACAAACAUGCUGCUGAAGGUCACUGAAGGCCAGACAGCACUCGUGAGAGGCUCCACCCUCCAGGCAUCAGACAUGGACUCCAGUGAUGACUACAUCCUCUUUAACAUCACCCACCUCCCACAGGCAGGAGAGGUCAUGAAAAUCCCAGAAGCAGGGCAGCCAGGUUAUGCAGUCAGACACUUUCUCCAGAAGGACCUCUCUCAGUCCAUCAUUUACUACAGACACUUUGGAAAUGAGGUGUUUGACGACUCCUUUGAGGUGGUGCUGUCUGAUUUCCAUGACCCCCCCAACUUGUCCGAGCCUCAGGUGGUGAUGAUCCACAUUGAACCUGUUCCAGAUCAGCCACCAAAGGAAGUUCCUGGUUCUAGUCGAUGUCUUGUGGUAAAAGAAUCAGACGUGGUCCGGAUCACGCAGCAGCACCUUCAUUUUGUAGACCUGGAGUCUCCAGAGCGUGAGCUGACUUACACGGUCACUACUCCCCCGUUCUACACUGGUCCCCACAAGAGCAGCAGUCCAGAUGCAGGGAAGUUGUUCCUGAUUGACGACAUACCCACGCUCACAAAAGACCCCAAUGCACCCGCCCUUAGACUUUUCUCGCAGCAUGCAGUGAACUUCAUGAAAGUCGCCUACAUGCCUCCUAUCACAGACAUUGGUCCUUAUCCUCAGCACAUUCAGUUCAUUCUGUCCAUAACCAACCAUUUGGGUCGAACAGUUCCAGGGAUCUGCUUUAACAUCACUGUGAUGCCAGUUGACAACCAGCCUCCUCAGGUCAUCACUGGCCUUCUGACUGUGGAUGAGGGUGGACAGCGCUGGCUGGGCCCUGAGCACGUGCUGCUGUCAGAUGUGGACUCGAUUGAAGAUCUGUUGCAGCUGCAGCUGCAGAGAGAACCAGAACACGGAGUCUUGCAGCUCAACAAGCAUCCACUCACGCCCCUCCAGACUUUCACCAUGCAAGAACUGAAAAGCUUUCAAGUUAGCUACACCCAUGAUGGCUCUGAGACAAUAGAAGACACCAUUCAGUUUGCUGCAACAGACGGCACCAACUCAGUCAAGUUUACUCUACAAGUCAAGGUGACGCCCAUCAAUGAUGAGAUCCCUGUAAUAGUCGCUGGCUUGAAACCAGUUCUCCAAUGUGCCGAAGGAGAAGAAAUGGUUAUCACAGCAGAGUAUAUUUAUGCCACUGAUCCUGACAGCAACAGCAGCAGCCUGGCAGUCUUGAUCGCUCGGCAGCCUUAUCAUGGUGUGGUGCUGCGAAAUGGUGUUGUGGUCGAUCGCUUCAUCCAAGCAGACAUCACAGCAGGGAUCAUAUCCUACAGACACACGGGACUGGAGAUUGGGCUCACUCCGCGUCAGGACACGAUCACCUUCGUCAUCUCUGAUGAAGAGACAGAGAGCUCUGCUUCAUGCUGCAGUGGACUAAAUGUCAUCAAGAGCAAAGGCACGACUCGGCUGAGGAGCAACCUGCCUCUGUAUGACCUCCACGUCACAGUGUUUCCAGUUGAUAACCAGCCACCUUCCCUAACAACAGGGGCCAUCUUCAUGGUAGAUGAGGGUGGAAGUGGCUCUAUUACUACUUUUCAUGUAAAGGCCUCUGACAUGGACACAGUGGAAGACGAGCUGACCAUCAGUCUCAUUUCUCCUCCCCAGUUUGGGUACAUAGAGAAUGUCCUCCCCAGCCCUGGCUUUGAAAAAAGCAACACAGGCAUAAGUAUAGCAUCUUUUUCUUACGAGGACGUCAUUGAGGGUCACAUAAAUUACGUUCAGUCCAAACACCAGAGGCUGGAGCCCACAGCGGACCAGUUCAUCCUCUGUGUAUCAGACGGGACACGCAGCUCUGCAAACGUCCCCUUCCAUGUCAUCAUCAACCCGACAAACGACGAAGUCCCAGACAUUGUGGCCAACAACAUCACAGUACCAGAGGGAGGAAUGAAGCGAUUGGUGCUGCAUGCAACGGAUAUGGAUGUCCCCAAGAAUCUCCUGCUUAUUACCGUGGUUACACCACCUCAACAUGGCAGCAUCGUCACUCACAAGGGUGGAACGAUUACCAAAAGACAUGGAGACAAUCCAUCCCCUGUUGUCGACUUCACUAUGGAAGAUCUUCAUCGCGGACUGGAUCUGAUGUACGCACACGAUGACUCUGAGAACAUGGAGGACAGCUUUUCCAUCCGGCUGACAGACGGCAAACACCAGGUGGACAAACGGGUGAUGGUUGAAGUGCUGCCUGUGAACGACGAAGAGCCACGAGUCAUUCGGAACAACGGGCUGGAGGUGGAGCCAGGAGAGGCCAGGAUCAUUUCCAGUGUUACGUUGUUGGCACAAGACGGAGACACCCCCCCCUCCGAGGUCAUUUUCGUAUUCGAGAGUGUUCCUAACCUAGGAGUGCUUCAGCUUAAGGAAAAUGAGAGGUGGGAAACGCUGACCGCUGGGAGGAACUGCACCCAGGAAUCGGUGGACCUGAACCUCUUACGCUACGUUCAUGUUGGCCUCCAUGCCGCCAAAACGCAGGAUCUCUUUGUUUUCCACCUUCAAGAUGGAAAACACCAAUCUCCCCCACAGCUCUUCCACAUUUCUGUGAAGGAGCUGAAGAAAGGAAACAUUGCCAUCUUUGUAAGGCCAGUGACCUUAAGCCGAGGCGACCGUGUGGUUCUCACCACUGAUGUGCUGCUAGCCACCGACGACUCGGACAAGCCAGAAGAGCUUCUGUAUGUCAUCACCAAGCCGCCGGCUCAUGGACACAUCGAGUACAUCAAACAUCCUGGACUGAGCAUCUCCACCUUCAGCCAGAUGGACAUAGCAGCAAACCUGGUUGCUUACGUUCACGAUAACCGAGCCAGCAGGACAACAGAGACCUUCCAGUUUGUUGUAAGCAACGGUAAAAGCAGCCAAAGUGGAAGUUUUGAGCUUCAGGUGGAAAUGGUGGAUCGAGUACUGCCAGCUCUGACCAACAACAAAGGCCUCAGAAUCCCUCAGGGCUCUGUCAUGAUCCUGGGCCCUGACAGCCUCACCCUCUCUGACCCUGAUACUCCACCCACCAACCUGACCUUUGUCCUAACAGAACUUCCAAAGUAUGGUCGUCUUCUCCGAUCUAGCAAAAGCCUGGAUGCUGGGUCUAACUUCACCCAGGCAGACAUCAAUCAGUUGGAGGUGGCGUAUGCACACGAUGGCGGGCCGUCGCAGAUCGAUCGGUUUGCCUUCACAGCCUCUGACAGCACUAACAGAGGCUUUUUGUUGGAUGGACAGCUGCAAACAGAGCCAGUUUUCUUUGCAGUUCAGAUCAAAUCUUUGGAUAAUUCCCCUCCUGAACUUGUGAGGCUGCUCCCUCUGUGGAGAGCAGAAAGCCUUACUGAUGGGCGAUUUGGGAUCUUUGUGUCGUCCCGGGAGCUGAAGGCUCAGGAUGCUGAGAGCAGAGAAGAGGAGGUUGUAUUUUCCAUUGUUCGUCAACCCUACUUUGGUUACCUGGAAAACGUUACUACAGGGGGGUUUGUGUCUCAGCGCUUCUCCCAAACAGACCUGAAUAAAAGAAGCAUAGUCUAUGUCAUCAAUCCCAACAGCGAGUCUCUCUCAGACAGCCUGGAGUUCAGAGUGUCGGAUUCUUUGGGCAACAUGGGCCCCUCCCACAUACUGAAGUUCAUGUGGUCCAGUGUGGAGUUUUCUCGGGCGGACUCCUCUGCAUGUGAGCAGCAGGGAACCCUCUCCAUGGAGGUCAUUCGAAGGGGGCACCUAGCAGAGUCAGCCUUUGUCACCAUCAAGGUUCAGGAAGAAACAGCAGCUGCUGGAAAAGACUUCCUCACAAGCCCUUCGCCUCUCAUCCAGUUCGAUCCUGGAGUGACAAAGCGAAAGUGGCAAAUGGAGAUGAUUCAGGACCAUCUUGAAGAGGCAGAUGAGACCUUUGAGGUGCAGCUUGUCUCUCCUGAGGCCGCAGUGACUGGAAGAACCCAAAAGGCUCGGAUCACCAUCAGAGACUCCGGGACAGACGAGUGCCGCCUGAACCAGGAUUCUCCUCUCAUCGGAGGAGAAGAAAUUAAAUCAGACAAGUAUCCUGAGCAUGGCUCCAUCCAGCUGGAGAAGCUUCCUCUGGGUACAGAAUCUGUCGUUUGGGCCCGAGGAGACAGCAUCUCAAGACCAAAAACGGUUCCCCACAACAAGAGGCUUCGAGUUGAGGACAAUCCCAGAUCUAUUGGGCCCUCCUCAGUAUUUCACAAUGGAACUGAUGUCAUUUACACUUAUCAUGGGAUGGUGCAGAUGCAAGUGGAAGAUGAGACAUCUCCAUCCAGGAGGGGCAGGAAGGCGCAUAUUCAGGUGGUUAGCAGGGGGGAGCAGCAGAGGACACCUGUUGAGAAGUCUGACUCAACACGGCACAUCCCAAAAUCAAGAAAACAUUCUCAACUUUCCGGGGAACAAAUGCCAUCGGACAGCUCUGUCCCCAAGCCCUGUGCGCCUGAGCUGACGGGGCUCCUGCAUUACAACCACACCAUCAGUCAGCUCUUUCACUGCAACGGCGUGUCCUGGAAGCCCUGGACACCAACACAGCAGAUGCUGAAAGCUCAGAUGUGUCCAAAGGGGUGGAGCUUUCACAGCGGCUACUGCUACAUCCUCAGUACUGAGCACAAGGUCACAUGGAGCGCAGCUAACAGGGCGUGCAGAGAAAAAUAUAAAGGAACUCUGACUAGUGUUCUCUCCAAAGCUAACAUGGACUUUCUGUGGAACUUCAGUGGAAGGAAGCCGUUUUGGAUUGGUCUGAAUGACUUGGAGGGCAGAGGACGGUGGGAGUGGGUGGCCAGUGACCCGGUCAGUUACACCAACUGGAAAAAGAUGCCCCCGCGGUCCAAAGGCAGGGCAAGCAAAAGGUGCGUUUUGGUCCACAGAAGAGCAAAGUGGCAAAUGCGGGAGUGCAGGAGCGGCAGAGGCCACCGCUUCGUGUGCUCCAUAAAGACCUGAGAAGAGCCAGAACUCCAACCAGUCUCCUUAAAUCAGCUUAUAAGAAGGAUUGGACUGAACUGUUUUUUCUUGUUUUUCUCUAAUCUCAUUGGAUCUCAGCUGUAAGUUGUUUACAUGCUAUUUACUCUGAUUACCUCUGAAAGUGUUUUUAUUUAUAUAAGCCACUCAUUUGAACUCACUGAGGCUUGAUGGUUGAUGAAACCUCUCAGCCAAAUGAACUGAUUUCUAUUAAGACACAUGAUAAUAUAAAACCAAAUGUGAACAUUUUAUUUAUCUCUGACUUAUAUGUAUAUAUUAUUACAUUUCUUUGUGCUUUAUCAUUUUAUAUAUGAAAGUAUUGCAUUCUGUAGUAUUGAGUUCCUGUUUGUUAUCACCCUGCUGAAGAGAAAAUAAUAAAACGUCUCACUGAUGUGACUGUA